AUGAAAAAGAGUCCAAAACCAAAUGAAGAUAAGAGGCCGAGAACAGCUUUCUCCAGCGCACAGCUCCAAAGAUUAAAGCACGAGUUCAACGAAAACCGCUACCUAACAGAACGAAGAAGACAACAGCUUAGUGGCGAAUUGGGUUUAAACGAGGCUCAGAUAAAAAUAUGGUUCCAAAACAAAAGGGCGAAAAUAAAGAAAUCCUCGGGCCAAAAAAACGCUCUAGCGCUCCAACUCAUGGCGCAGGGAUUGUAUAAUCAUUCGACUGUUCCUUGCGACGAAGAUGAUAUGCCACUAUCUUCAUAAUUUUGUUAUUUUGUUGGGGGUUAUAUAUUGGGAGUAUGCACAUAGGUAAAUCGUCCUACAUAAGUUUACAGAUCGCCUUGACUUCUUUCUCUCUUGGUAACACCUGCAAUAAUUAUCGGAACCUCGAUAUAAAGAGUCAUCUUCAUUCUCGAAAGAUUUAGUACCAAUUAUGUUUCAUUCUUUGAAUCUGUGGCAACGAUAAAAUUUUCCGCAAAUAUCAUCUAAGGUAAUCCGUGCUUUUUUGCAAUUGUUUUUCUUUUAUUUUCAAUUUUUUAUUCUAAUCCCUUUACAAAAUUUAAUAAUUAUUAUAAAAAUGUAUACUCAAUUAAGCUGUUUCUAGGUAUAAAGAUAAAACACUAAAGUUAUUAUGGAUUACAAGCGCUUAUCAAUUUUUUAUUUAAAUUUGUGAAAAAAUAUAUUAUUUAUGAAAAUAAUUCUCUAACAUCUUCAUUGUCAGUUAGUAGCGCUACCAUAAAUUAUUUAAAUAGUUUUUAAAAUCCCUGUUUAUGUUCGGACUAAAAAGUAAUAUUCUUUUAAUAAGCUAAUAUUGGCAUUACAGAUAUUUGCUUCUAAACCAAGCUUGCACAUACUACAGCUCUUUAGACCAUCAUUGAAUAUUUUUUAGAUAAUAAUGUAAUUUAACAAAAAGGUUAGAUUUAAAGCUAGCAUAGUUUUUAAAUUUUAAUAAGGGCACACGAGGUCCUUUGGUUCUGGUAUACUAAGCACUCGGUAAUUAAAUGUUUCACUGGUGAUGGAGUGUGGUACUUGAUACAUAUAAGAGCCAUCUUCUUGUUAAAGAUGUCCUUAUGUUGGCACAACCGACUCCUAUUCAGAGUCGGUUGAUGAUGAUUUGGUCUUUCUAUUACUUGGUAAGAUGAGCGUGGUUAUUUCCCGGGGCAUUCUUUAAAUUUGGUGAUAGUGUGAUCCCAAGUAGAUCCAAUCUGCCACGAUUUGUAGAUGUGGCCUUUGAUUUUAUUUUGUUAUCAGUCCAAGGCGUUCAAUUUAUGACAGUGAAAUUUUGGUCGGUUAUUGCAUUGCUAGUCAUCCUCUUCCUCAUUGGCAUUUAUUCCCAUAUAAGUAGCUACCCAGAUGAAGAAAGUAUCCUGGUGAAUUGCCGUAAAUUUUUCGGUAUAUAUGCAAUAAUUUACUGCAAUACGUACAAUGGAUUUGAUGAUUUCUCAGAUGUAGGCUGCAGCAUAUCCUUCGUCAUAUUUGGAACCAUCGGUAAAAAUUUGAUGAGUUGGUAGACAUCUGGAUAUUGAUGAAGUUUUUCCUCCCAACUAAGUAUUCAAAUCCUGACACUUUUUCAAAAGUAAACAGCCUCUGCUUCUUUCAUUUUGAUAUAUUUGUUAUUAUUUGUUUUCAUUUCUAUAUAUUGCGUUUUUGUUUGGUUUUGGAAGUAUUUUAUAGACUGCUUCUAAUAGUGCUAUACCUCUAUAGUUUUCGCACUCCGGUUUUUAUCCUUUUGAUAGAUAGGAUAAAUAAGAGCACUAUUCCAUUGUUUCGGCAUUUUUUUCUUUUGCUAAAUUAUUAGUGUUAAGUAAAAUAUCUUUUCCUUUAAUCUUUCGCCACCUUCCUUAAAAAUCUCACCUGGGAUACCACUUUCUCCUGCAUUUUUGUUACUUUUUAGAUUUCGUAUUAUUUCUUAGACUUCAUUUAGAGUUGGUUCUUCGCACGUCCCUUAUUUAUCUUCUUGCAAAUUCGCAUUUCCCUCAAAUUGCUCUAGUUGGUCUGCAUUUAAUAGAUCUUCGAAAUAUUCCGCCCAUUUGUUUCAUUUUUUUUUGUUGUUUCACCUAGAAAUAAGCCUUCUUCGUUUCUGCAAUACUGGAUGAUGAUUCUUUGUAGUUUCUCUGGAUUUCUUAAUUUCUUUCUUAACGUAGAAAUUCUUUACCCCUUUGUUUAUGUAGACUUCUUCUAUGUUUUUUAAUUACUUUUUUAGCUGUUCUUUUUUCUUUCUUUUUUAAAUUCUUGUCACUUCCCUUCUUCUUGCCACGUAGUUUUCGAUUGCAUUUUGGGCAUUUUCUUUAUCUCUUUGUAGUUUUGCCUCGCUUCUUUUUGCCAAAACAUUCCUACAUUCCUAAUCGAACCAAUCUUGCUGUCUUUUUAUAUGCUCUCUUCCUAUGCACUUUUCCGCUGCUUCCGACAUGGCUCUCUGUAUGGUCUGCCAUUCUUCAUCUAUAUCCUGAUUGACUAGAUUCUUUAGUUUUUUAUUAAUUUCUUCCUCUGGUCUGCUUACAAUUUCUUUGUGAUCAAACCUUGUUCUAGCUAUCUUAAUUUUAUUCUCUGUAGCAAAUUCUAUUAACUUUUUCCCGUUUUCAUUUGAUUCCUUGUUUGAAUGUUGCUAAUAUUAGGGUGACCUCUUUUGAGUGUAAGAAGAUAUUAAUAUCACAAUAACUUAUCCGACAGAUUUAUAGGAACUUGUGGUCUUAAUUGAAUAUCGAAUAACACACAAAAAUAUUUCAGUUUAUUUUUGUGUGAGAUUUCUAGAAACAAGCUGGAGAAAUAAAAAUUGAGAAUAUUUUUGAUAGUUCUAGCAACAGUCUUUCUUUGUCUAUUAUUUUUGCUUUCUUGUUUCUUUUAUCAAUAUUUACACUAGAAUUGAUCUUCUUAACUAAAUAUGUUGGUAAAUUAUGUAGGACGUCCACCUUCAAUGGUUUAAUAAGUGAACUAAGAUCAAAUGCAGCCGAUUGAAUUAAUUCUUUUUGUAAAAAACAAUUAUUUUUUUGUAACAUAUUGCUUUAUAUAGUUGUUUGGUUGUUUUUGAGUUCUUUUUUCACUUGUUGACAAGUUUUAUUUAUUAUUUUUCAAACGAUCUCAUUCAAGUAUUUAUUUUGUACAAAUAAUAUUAAAAUGUAAAUAUUGUACAGUGUUUGAAAUAUUGUAGUGUACCUAUAGGAGUGUAAAAAGCUUUUUCUUAAAGAUUUUGCGCUAAUGGUAUUAUCGUAUAUAUCUCUCAAUUGCUUUAUUAAAAGCCUUUGACAUAGACUGAAAUAGAUAUAGACUUAGUGAUAGCUAUAUGUUUUGAUUCAAUUGAUUUUCACAGAGAUUUUAUUAUAGUUAAGUAUUUUAACAAUUUAAAUAUAUUACAAAGGUUGCUUUUCAGUUUAAAAAUAUGACUAUCGAAAUCUCUGAGAAAACCCAAAGUAAUCUAAUGCACGUAUGACUACAAAAUUGAAGAAAGAGGCAAUCAGUUUUUUGAAUAAUAAAUAUAUUAUCAAGCAUGAACUAAAUACUAUAAAAAUAUUAUUAAAACUUAUUUAAAUUGUCGCAUUGCCUUUUUCUCAUAGCCUAUGUGCAUUUGCAGAAUCUGGACGUGUGGAGUAUAUAUGUGCAAUGUUACGUAGGAAUAUGUAUCAUAUUAUCUAUUAUGAAAUAAGUUGAUAAAUAUAUGCAUUGUUCAACAGUU